GUCUAUGAAUUUUAUAAAUAUUAUUAACAGUGUAAGGUGUUACAAAAAGAAAGAAACAUUAGCAAUUAUUAAUCACAUUCACCGAUAUCUCGAACAGUUAUUGAUAUGACACAAAUCUAUAAUAAUUCACCAUUUGCAUCUUCAAGUUAUUACAGUAACGUUGUUAAGUUACAGGUCUGAAUUUUUCAUCUCUGCAAUCGGAAAGUGGAGCUUUUUAGUUUCCCUUGUUGCCUUAACGGUGGCUGCCUCUUCUAGUUUAAACUGCAGCAGUGAUCCCUGUAUGUAUGGCAUUUGUUUGGACAAUACCAACCGAACAAUGAAUGAUAAAAUUGACAGUUCCUAUUCCUGCUACUGCAUCGAUGGUUAUACCGGUAUCAAUUGUGAGAUUAAUUGGGACGAUUGCUGGUCCAAUCCUUGCCUCAACGGUGGAACUUGUAACGAUGCUGUUGCUAUGUACAAUUGCACUUGUACAGAAGGCUUCGUAGGAGUGAAUUGCGAGCAAAAGUACAGCGAAUGCUUUAAUCAACCCUGUCUUAACAAUGGAACAUGUUUUGAUUACAAUGGCUUUACGUGCCAUUGUCUCGAAGGUUAUUCCGGAGAAUUCUGUGAGAUCGAUGUAUCAGUUUGCAACAAUACCAUAUGUAAAAAUUCUGGAGAGUGUAUUGAAGGCCCUGGUUUAUCGUUCUCCUGCCGCUGUUUAGAAGGGUGGUCUGGAGAACUGUGCGAAGAAGAUAUAAAUGAGUGUAUUGGCAUGCCGUGUCAAAAUGGGGGACUCUGUAUUAAUGUACCAGCCUCGUACACUUGUGCCUGCCUAUUUGGUUUUACAGGAAAAGAUUGUGAUAAGGCUGUAGUUCCUUGUGAGACAAAUCCAUGCCAGAACGAUGCAGUUUGUUUAUUGGAAGAUGCUCAAUCGAUUUGUUACUGUGUACCUGAUUAUCACGGGGUACUGUGUGAACUCCGAUAUGAUGACUGCGAAUCAAAGUUUGCACAGUGUGAAAACGGAGGAACUUGCAUUGAUGGAAUAAACAGUUUCACUUGUGCCUGUAUGCCGGAGUAUACUGGUGAUAUGUGCACCGAAUAUAGUCCAACGACGUCUACGGAGCUUCCUGAUCGUUAUUCAAAAAUUUUCACGUCUUCUGGAGCAACCGAUGCCUCUUUAAAUAUUUCAUCAACACAGUUUAUCGAAACAUCAUCUGUACCGACACUUAUACCAAUGACGUUAAAGGACGAUUCUGUGGAUGUUACAAAAUAUGAUAUAAAAAGUACAAUGGUAUUUAUAAAUCGAACAGAACUUCCUAGUGGUCUUGUUUCUACAUUAAUAUCUAGUUUCACUGAUCAUACUACAGAAAUGAUAGAUGAAUCAAACUUUGUAACAAGUACAGUGCCUGUAUCCGAAGAUCAUAAACCUGAGAUAGAUUUAACAAGCACAGAAAGCUAUGAACCAAGUAUUAAUAUCUACACGACUAUUUUAAAACACCCCACAAUUACUGCAAAAACAGACUUAGAGAAACCAACGUCUGUAUACCACGAUAGUAAAGAUACAGUGUCAACUUUUGAACCAACAUCUGACUUUCCUGAUGUAACGGAUAUGUUUCCCGAAAGUAAACCAUUCCAGAGACCAACUAAAACAUUGUUGAUAUCUGCUAUCGCAGAGGAAACUACAAGAAAAAUCUUUACAAGUGAAAUAACCUCAAAUUACACAUCGACUUUAGAUACCGAAAGAAUGUCUUCCCAAAGUACAGAGUACUCCGAUGAAUCUACCAUCAAAGGUGUCACACAGCCAAUUGUGUUCACCGAUACUAUGACAAAUAUGAUGACAGUCCCUGUAGUCAUAUCAUCAACAGCCACGAUUCCUUUAACAGUUUUAUUGAAUGAAACUAUUUUAACUAAAGAUCAAUCCACACAAACCUCAGCACCAAAAACAACGGUGCUUUAUCCUUUUACAGUGGAUGUACACAAUGAAACAGAAAUAAGAACUACAACUGCAGAAUCUACUAUGGUAUACAAAUGCAUUCAAGAACAUUGUGCAAACAUCAGCCACUGUCUUCAUAACUUAACUGUGUGUGACUGUAGUUAUCAAAAUAAUUGCAGAAUAAGUCCCAGUAUAACUAAUGCUGCCUUUAAUGGGAAAUCUUAUGUGACUCAACAUAUUAAUGUUGAUAACAAUGGAACGCUUCAAAUUUAUGCAAGGUUGAAAACACUUUCCAAAAGUGGAAUAUUAGUACAUGCCUUCUUCGACGAUGAAAGGUACAUUUUAUUGUACUUAGAAGCGGGUCAAUUGAAAUUUCAAUUUUCCUGUGGUCUCCAAACAAUGUUGCUUGGAGAAAUAGACUCACCCAUUGACAAUGGGUACGAUGUUGACAUUGAAAUGAGGUUUCAAUAUUUUACAGAGUAUAAAAAUGAUAAAUGCUCUGCUAGGCUGCUUGUAAAUAAUACAAUAGCAAUGAGUGGGGAACAAAUUGUCUUGUCACAUGAUAAUGUUCCACGUGAAGCCAGAUUGCAUUUGGGUGGUAUACCGUUAACAUUUUCUCAUUAUUUCCCUCACAUAGGAAUGGGAUUUGUUGGUUGUAUGAGCUUGUUAAAGGUGAAUAAUACGCGGAGAGACUUUAUAUACGAUUCCAUGGAAACCUUUCAAAUAGACGAGUGCACUUCAUUCCUGUGCUUGUCAAAUCCAUGUAAAAAUUUUGGCGCUUGCAAUGAACUCCACGGUCAAGUUUAUUGUAAAUGCAUAGCUGGAUAUGUUGGGGAAAUAUGUGAAAGGUCUGUGUGCGAUGAUAAUCCCUGUCAUCUUGGUGCAACUUGUGUCAGCUCUCCAGGGACAGGUUUCCUUUGUAUAUGUCCAUUAGGAAUGCAUGGGCUUUUCUGUGAAGAAGAGACCACCGUAGUACAGCCGUCAUUCUCAGUAUUUGUUCCUGGAGUUUCAUCCUACAUCGCGUAUGGUCUAUCCAGUUCAAUAAAGGAUCAAAUGGAACUGUCGAUGCGUUUAAUUCCACACUCCAUAGAACAAAUAUCUCUCAUAGCUUAUAUGGGGCAAACUGGUUCUCCUCGUGAUAUAUCAGAUCAUUUUUCUAUAACUUAUGUUCGUGGCUACAUUAUGCUCACAUGGGACUUAGGUUCAGGGGUACGAAGGAUUUUCACAAGCACUCCAUUGUCAGUCAAAACACACCGACCACAUAUACUUCGGGUAGGACGAAGAGGAAAAGAGGCCUGGCUAUCCGUUGAUGGCUUAGGAAAUGUAACAGGCCGUUCUGCAGGAGCAAUGACCCGUUUGGAUGUUUCUCCAAUACUGUACAUUGGUGGACACAAAGUAAAAAACUUCGAGACAUUACCACAUGAUUUACCACUUCAUUCUGGAUUUACUGGCUGCAUAUUCGAUGUUGAGUUAAGAACUGAAGACACAGUUUUAUCAGUAACGAAAUCCAGUCCAGCUACCGGACGUGGUAUUGGUGAAUGUUACCGUAAUGAAUGUACUCGGCGUUCAUGUAAAAAUGGAGCUGUAUGUUUAAAUCAUGGACCUACGUAUAGCUGUAUCUGCAUGAAAGAUUGGGAAGGUCCUGAUUGUUCAAUUCCAGCACAGAUUUGUUCUCCGACUGAUCCACUGUGCCAUACAAUUUAUAAAAAAGAAUCAUAAGGAGAAACGUUCACAUUUUUAAAAUAUUUAUAAGAAAUUUAAGAAAUUUGUUCACAUUAUUUCUAGCGAAUCCUCAUAUCCUGAAGAAAAGUAUGUACAAGUGCA